AUGUCCGAACCAACCGAAUCGACCGACCCCGUGAAGCUCUCCCGCUUCACCUACCGGCAACUGCAAGGGUUGCGACACGGGUCCACAGCAACACCCUUGAGAGUGAUUGCGCAUAUCGAUCUCGAUGCUUUCUAUGCGCAAUGUGAGAUGGUCCGUUUGGGGACUCCGCGGGAGACACCUUUAGCAGUGCGGCAAUGGGACUCGUUGAUCGCCGUCAAUUACGCUGCGCGACCCUUUGGAAUCACCCGAUUCAUCAAUAUUGCAGAGGCCAGGAGACUCUGUCCAGACCUCGUCUUACAGCACGUUGCAACUUUUCGAGAAGGGGAGGGAGGUCGGUGGGCUUAUCGAGAUGAUUCUUACAAGAAGAUCAAUACGGACAAAGUCUGCCUUGAUCCGUACCGAGCACAAUCGCGAAAAAUCCUCCAGACAAUCAAGGAGGCUCUGGCCACAUGGAAUGACGAUGACAAUGGAGACAACACCCAGACUCCGAAGCAGGAAGUUACGGUUGGGCUGGAGAAAGCAAGUAUCGAUGAAGUAUUCAUCGAUCUGUCUCCGUUGGUAUACAAGGCACUUCUUCAAAGAUACCCAGAGCUUCGGGCGGGAACACAAGACGAGAACCGCGAUGCAGAGCUGCCUAUACCACCGACCACAGCCCUGCAAUGGGACAGAGAUUGCUUGAUUGAUCUGGAUAAAAUUGAAACGGAAGAAGAUGAUCCAGACUGGGACGACGUGGGCAUGCUGAUAGGGUCCGAGAUUGUACGAUGGGUUCGGAAAGCAGUCUGGGAGAAGCUGAGCUACACCUGCUCCGCUGGACUUGCCCGCAAUAAAAUGAUUGCGAAACUAGGAAGUGCCUGCAACAAGCCCAAUCUACAGACAGUUGUGCGCAAUCGGGCAGUGCAGGAUUUUCUAGGAGGCUAUAAGUUCACUCAGAUCAGAAUGCUGGGCGGUAAACUCGGCGAUCACAUCACUGCCGCCUUCGGAACAGAGAAAGUCAGUGAACUUUUGAAUGUCUCGCUCGAGCAAUUGCGCACCAGGCUUGAUGAGCACACGGCAUCCUGGCUUUACGGGAUCAUCCGUGGUGAUGAUCGCAGCGAAGUCAAUCCUCGAACUCAGAUCAAAUCUAUGUUAUCUGCAAAGUCCUUCAGACCUAGCAUCAGCUCGAUUGAUCAAGCUGAGAAGUGGCUUCGUAUUUUCGCAGCUGAUAUCUAUGGCCGGCUUGUGGAAGAAGGCGUGCUUGAAAAUAGACGUCGUCCGAGGGUGAUCACCCUGCAUCAUCGAGGAUCCCAAUCUCGUUCUCGCCAAAUUCCAAUACCAGGCUCUAACGUCAUUAACGAGGAUUUACUCUAUGAUCUGGCCAAUACUCUGCUUCGUCAAGUUGUGGCCGACGGACAGACAUGGCCCUGUUCCAACUUGUCAUUGAGCGUUUCAAGCUUCGAAGAUGGCGUGAGCAAUAACAAAGCUAUUGAGGGCUUCUUGGUUCGAGGAGAUCAGGCAAAGGCUUUGACUCGUUCCUCGAGACCCAGGGAUACCGAUACUGCACAAGGUGGACACCUCCCGAAUGAUAAAAGGCGGAAGCUUGAUUCCGACGGGGCUAGAAUCGAUCAAUUCUUUGCAAACCCAGUUCACUCCGAAGAUACUGAAACUGGCGAGCAAGGCACUUCGCAACAACCUGAAAUGGACGCUGAACCGAAUGGAAUCCCUCGUUUCACAUGUCUGCGAUGCUCCAAGUCUAUGCCCGAAUAUGAAAAGGAGGAACAUGAUGAUUGGCAUUUUGCCAAGGAUCUCGCAAUCCAGGACAGAGAGGAGGCGAAGGUUUCGCAACCGACACCACCCACGAAGAGCAGUACUCGGGGUGCGACUGCUCGUGGAAGAGGUGGCCGUGGCGGUGGUGGUCGCAGCAAGACCGAGAAAGGACAAAUGCGACUGGCUUUCCAGUGA